UAUAAAGGGAAGGGAAGAAUCAUAAGAGAGAGAACACGGAGCAAGCGCUUCAGGCUUCAGCUCACAUGAUCUUGACCAGUUCAGCUCUCUAUUUUCUACCGAAUCUUCGUUCAGCCCUUACCCGUGAGACCAGCAAGCUUCACCUUCACCAACAGCUCCAAUGGCGGGGACUGGUGAAGGUGAGACUGAAAUGGGUGAAGAACAAAGGCCUCGAUCACAUUAUAGACAGAGAGACCGAUCUCAAAGCUGCUUCUCUCCUCAAAGAUGCAAUCAAACGAUCACCCACAGGUUUCAUCACCGCCAGGUCUCUCUCCGACUGGCAGAAGCACCUCGGCCUUACCGUUCCCGUCCUCCGCUUCAUCCGCAGGUACCCAACUCUCUUCUAUGAAUUCCCUCAUUCUCGCUAUGCCAGCCUCCCUUGCUUUCGUCUUACCGACACAGCUCUGCGGCUGGACACCCAAGAACAGAUUAUACAUCAAGCCCAAGAGGCCGAUACCGUCGAAAGGCUCACUAGGGUCCUAAUGAUGUUAAAAAGCAAGGCCAUUCCUUUCAAAUCGCUCCUCCAUUUGAAAUGGGAUCUUGGUUUGCCUGACAGUUUCGCCACCACUAUAAUUCCCAAAUACCCAGAUCAUUUUCGUAUCGUUGAGUCACAGAACGGGCUUUCGUGCUUCACCCUUGCGCAAUGGAGAGACGAAUAUGCGGUGUCCGCAUUGCAAAAGAACAAUGAAAAUGCCGAAUUCGGUGACGCGUAUCGGCAAUUUAAGAGGGGUACAACGGCGUUGGCAUUCCCAAUGAGUUUCCCAAGGGGAUACGGCGCCCAGAAUAAGGUGAAGGCUUGGAUGGAAAAUUUUCAAAAGCUGCCUUACAUUUCACCAUACGAGGACUCUUCACAGAUCGACCCAAGUAGUGAUCUUAUGGAGAAACGGGUUGUCGGGGUUUUGCAUGAGCUGUUGAGAUUGACUAUUCACAAGAAGACUAAGAGGAACUACUUCAGGCCCUUGAGACAGGAGCUGAAUCUACCUCAUAGGUUUACACGGAUUUUUACGAGAUACCCAGGGAUAUUUUAUCUCUCUUUGAAAUGUAAAACGACGACCGUGGCACUAAAAGAAGGGUAUAGGAGAGGGAAGUUAGCAGACCCACAUCCCCUUGCCCGAAUUAGGGACAAGUACUACCAUGUCAUGAGGACUGGGGUGCUCUAUCGGGCUACAGGUGUGAACUUGAUACCAGAAAAGGAGGGUCUGGUUAAUCCGGAAGAGGUUGAAAUAAAAGAAUCAGACCCGGAGGAGGAAGGUGUUGAGACAAGCGAUGAAUGCUAUGAGGAGGACAUCUCAGAGGAUUCUGAGGAUGAAUAGCACAAUUAUCUGAAAGUGUUUCACAAGGACAGCUUCUUCCUGUGGUUUCCUGUCAAUUUUAGAGGCUGUUCAGGAGAAUCAGCAUCAGCAAGUACUCUAUAAUAUGUCAAAUGACAAGAAGCAAGAACCAAAAGAUGUUGCAAGAUAGAGAACAAUGAUGCUCAGAGAAAUUAUCAGGCACGAUCAUUUGUCAAACGAGUC